AUGACCGGCGAAACCAAGCCUUAUGUCCUGUUCCAUUCCAAAGGGUGUGGGUCGGCGUUCUCCCUUGUCAUUCUCCGCCUACUCGGUAUACCUCAUGAGCUAGUUAUAUGCGACUUUACCGAAAUUAUCGACAAGAAAGGCCCCAACUAUUCACGGCUCGUCGAAGCUAACCCUCUUGCCCAGUUUCCUACCUUAGUUACACCUGAGGGUAUUAUUAUGACUGAGAUGGUGGCAAUCGCACUAUCAUGGAAAGGAGACCCCCUGGGACAUCAUGUUCUCAGGCCAUCCCAACUUGCCGCGUUCUACCGCUGGUUUAUAUUUGUUCCGGCAAACGUCUACCCGACUAUUACCGUGAUAGAAUUUCCCAGUCGCUUUGUACGUGUUCCAGCGGACUCUUCGGUCGACUCGAAAACAGUCGAACGUUGGAUCACAGAGGGCACUUUCAUCAAGCAAGGGGAAAUAUGGAAGUUGAUGGAACAGGAGAUGACCAAGGACUUACAUGACGGCCUGUUUCUCUUGGGGACAGAGAAACCGACGCUGUUGGAUAUCUUAGUCGCGCUGGUUGCCCAGUGGCCUCCAAACCCAAGGUAUACCUGGCUGGAAGAGAAUUGCCCAAAGCUCGUUAAAAAUACCAAGGAAACACUCAAAAAUAAAGUCAUCGGAGAUACUUUCCGGGAUAGCGACUUGAACGCGUUCCUAUGA